AUGGUCAGACAACCCAAUCCCGACACGCCAGUGUGUGUGACACCGGGCUGCAAGAGACGUGUCAAGGUUUACCCCCGAGGCAGGACACAACCCACCAAGUGCCCGAUGUGCUUGUACGGCCAGUGCACGUCGCCCGGCUGUACCAACCCGGCCGCUUCGUUCAAGACCAAGGUCUGCCUCACGUGCGCCAAGAAACGCAAGAAGCAAGAGGAGAAGCAAGUCGACAAGCAGGAGGAGAAACCCAAGAUGCGCGGCAAGACGAAAGGUACGCUGAAGAGACAUAGAAACAAACACACAGACUGAAACACACGCACAUUGCUUUGCUUUGCGUUGCCUUGCCUGGACGCGUGUGUGUCUCCAGUUCAGGCGUUCGUGGACGAGUACCCCUCCGUGUGUCAGGAGAAGUGCGAUGAGAUGGGCAUCGUCGCAAGCUACGACAACAUGCUCAAAGCCGCCCGUAAGUUCACAAAAGGCCAGGUUGCUGUCACUCGCUCGUCUUGAUUCAUGAGGACAGCAAUGUGUCACUCAUUCCUGGUGUCAGGUGCGUUGUUGAAGGGCGAUCACACCGACGAGGGCGAUGAGAGGGCCAUGGCCGCCGGCCGCAAGGUCAGUGAAAUCUGACGUCUGUCUAGUGGGAAGCACAGCGCUUACCGAUGUGUCUCUCAGGCCGCACUGUCCAAGAUCACCAACGAACGAGAGAAGCAGGCCUACCGUGCCGCCAAUCCCGACAAGGUGCUCAUGUAUCACAACAACAGCGUCCACCACAAUGCACUCAAACGCAAGCAAGAAAUCGCCAACAAGAAGGUGGGCGCACACAAACACAGGGAUGGGCGCCAAACACUCAGGUUGCCUGUAUGUAUGUGUGUGUGUGUGUGUGUCCGUCAGGUGUCUGAGUCGUCGCUCGAGGUGGAUGGACUGGAGAUCGUCGAGACGGGCGGCAAGAAUGAGAAGGCCGGCGUCAAGAAACUCAAGUCGACGCACAAUGAGGCAGAGGUUUGCCGGGGCAGGGAUGAAAACACCAUUUCUAUAUGGUUCGCUUUCUCAUAUUUAUAUAUGUGUGUCAGUUGACAUGA